AUGGCUGAAGGAGGUCGGUUGCUCCUGUCAGAGCAGGUGUAUCAUGCAUGCCUGGCUCAUGCCCUAAUGAGUGAGAAUGAAGAGAUCAUGGGAUUGCUGCUUGGCGACGUCGAAGGCUCUGAGGUUCGGAUAUGGUGUUCAAUGACCUUGCGCCGAAGUGACAAGCAACCAGAUCGAGUCGAAAUCGCACCAGAGCAGUUGGUCGAGGCAGUCCAUGUGGCGGAUGAGUUGAACAAGGUGCUGCAGUGCCGUACCAGAGUCCUGGGCUGGUACCACUCGCAUCCGCACAUCACCUGCUUUCCAAGCCAUGUGGAUCUUCGAACUCAACUGGAGUACCAGAUUAUGGAUGCAGACUUUGUUGGAUUGAUCUUUGGAGUUUUCAACUACGGAGACUCUGGUGGCAUCCAUCAUGAGCUCAUCGCUUUCCGCACACACGAGGAGGGAGGACAGCAUCAGCAGAGAAACUUGGCUGUCGAAGUGGUCCCUCUUUGCCAGCUGCUCUCGCAGGAAGACGAGGCUGCAGCGGUACAGCUUCAGGAAUUCGGAGGCUUCUUUGGCCAAAGCACAAUUUGCACCGUCGCCGAGCACACUUUGGCGGAAGUCUUGGAGGUGCAGGAUGGAGGCAAGGAGCGCAAUAAGCUCGAGGCCGGCACCGCUCCGGUUCAGGAGGACCAGGAAGAUCCUGAAGUCUCUUUGUCCAGGCUCAGGCAGAAGGCAACUUUGAUUGGGACGCUUUUCCGUGUUGCUGGCGAGAGCAUCGCGCCGCUGGAAGGAUACUUCCAGGACUCAACGAAGAACUUCCAGGUCUAUUCGAAGAUCUGGGACAAGCCACAGGAGGAACCCGAAGCAGAGACCCUGGGAGCGCCGGAUAAGUCCAAGACCGACGGGCUGAAAGAGGCAGAGCUGUCGACCCCGAAAGCUCAGCAAACUGUGGAGAUUGUGAAUGGCUCUCCAGCACCAACGGAACGGGAGGACGAAACUCCGGAGCAGAAGUCUGCAGCAAGUGUCAGGCUAUCGGACCAGCAAGGCCAGCAGUCGAAAGAGGAUGACGAAGGAGGUCCGGAGACCUUUGUCAGCUCGUCUUCAUCCUUUCUCUCCUCCAUUCUUCCAGACGGUGGCCGAGAUUCAGGCGCAGCAGAUCCCGCCUCGCAUGCGAUGGACUGCUCUGGAGCUCCAGAAUCCGCAGGCAAAGAAGGAAGCGGGCAGGUGCCGUCCGUGCCAGCUUCAGCUCGAGUUCCGCCGGACGCGGACAACAUCACGACCUUGAAGAACAAUUUUGGGGAGCCUGGAUACUGCCUCUGCCAACUAAAUCUGAGGAGUGAAUAUGACACGCCGCGGAAAUGCUCCCGCAAGAGUUCGCCCUCUGCCCUCCGGUGUACUCAACACCUCAACAGCCAGACGCCCAUCCCUUUCUGCAAUGAGUUGCACCUGGAUUGGAGCUGCGUCCAAGCCGAUCUGCAGAAUGGAGCAUUUCGCGUGGAGUUUCGCUGUGAUACGCUUUCUAGCAGGAGACAUCCAGAUGCGGUGGGAGCGAAGGAUAAGCGACCUCCGGACCGCAAUUUCUCGGCCGAAGUAUUUGGGAACGGAGCUCUCAAAGCAGUGGCAGACUACGUUGCGGGGAAGUCCUACGAGGCACUGACAAAGCUUGCGGAACCACCUACAAAGAAGCCUCGGACCAGGUAG